AGGACGGGCAGUAUGAGUUGAACAGCCAGCCAACCGGCCUCUGCGUGAUCAUAAACAACGCACGUUUUUUGGAUGGUGACGUGAGAGAAGGAACCGAUAUAGAUGCGGAAAGCUUGGCAAAGGUGUUCAGCUGGCUGGGGUUCAGAGUGCUGAUGUGUAAAGACCAAACCAAGGACCAGAUGGAGCGAGCGCUGGUAUGCUUUGCUUCUCAGUGCGACCUUUCUCAGCUGCAGGAGCUCAAUGUCAAGGAGUGGACUCGCAAGGCAAGGCAAGACAAGGUAUACAAUACAUGUUUAAAAGGCAGCGGAUUCACCGAUCUUCGAGAGGCUCCUCAGCAUGGCGAUGCCUUCAUCUGCUGUGUUCUCAGUCAUGGAAACAAGGGCAACGUAUCGGGGAUUGAUAGGCAGCUCCUCCCUAUCGAACAAAUAAGGAAAACCUUCAUGGCAACUCAAUCUCCCCUCACUGACAAGCCCAAAGUGUUCCUGAUCCAGGCCUGCCAGGGACCUGGGGUGUUAUUAAAAGAUCCGCUGGCUGAUGACUCUCACUCGACAUCCAUCCCUCAGGAAGCAGAUUUUCUUUUUCAUUAUGCCACUGUUGAAGGUCAUAAUGCUUUAAGAAGCCCAACGGAGGGGAGCGGGUUCAUCCAAUCUGUCUGUAAGCAGCUAAAAGUGGGCUGUGAAAGGAAAGAAGAAAUUCAAGUCAUACUCCGCCGCGUGAACAAUGAAGUAGCCGGGAAAGAUUGUCCAGUAAAGCAGAUGCCCGAAAUUAGGCAUACCCUGAGGAAGGGUCUUGUAUUGAUUCCAAAUCCCAACUCAGGUGAAAUCAUGACAGAUUUACUGGAGAAAAUAAAGGGGGAACACCAGGAUGUUGCUAAAGUUCUGCAAGAAGAGCGCUCCAAGGUUGUGAAUAAAUGGAAAGCCAAAUUGGUGUACCAGAUGGUUGUUACCGGGACAACCUUUGAUGCACAUGUUCAACUGAUGGAGAAAGUGAAGAAGGACGUUAAGGAUCAGUUUGAUCUUGUUCAAAGCUACAGCAACGACUACGACGUCACUAUUGUCUUCUGCCCCAUCGUUUCUCGCAUGGGGCCAGAUGUUGAGUCAGCCAUGAGAGAUGUUAAAGUGUCCUCAGGCGAUAAACCUGUCAUUCUGGUUUUGAUGCACCACGCAUAUGAGGCCAAGUUCAUUCCAAAUGUGCAACAAGGAGCUAACGUUCAGCUGCAAGUCAACGUUUUCUUCCACGAGACAAAACAUGGACUGCUCCACUGUAGAGAAAAUGGAGCUGUUGUUUGCGAGAUAACAAAACAUUUAAAAGAGAUCCCCAUUCCAAAUGCCCAGGUUGUGGCUGCUGCAGUGGCGGAGCUGGGGGGUGGCUGGGAGUGGCCAUCCUGGCAACUCCGUUGGCCAUACCAAACACCCUCACCACCACCCUCAAAUCAGAAGCCCGUUAAACAGCCCCCCCCCACAAGGGUGAAUAACGGCAACCCUUCCAAGGAAGAGCGCUCCAAGGUUGUGAAUAAACGGAAAGCCAAAUUGGUGUACCAGAUGGUUGUUACCGGGACAACCUUUGAUGCACAUGUUCAACUGAUGGAGAAAGUGAAGAAGGACGUUAAGGAUCAGUUUGAUCUUGUUCAAAGCUACAGCAACGACUACGACGUCACUAUUGUCUUCUGCCCCAUCGUUUCUCGCAUGGGGCCAGAUGUUGAGUCAGCCAUGAGAGAUGUUAAAGGCGAUAAACCUGUCAUUCUGGUUUUGAUGCACCACGCAUAUGAGGCCAAGUUCAUUCCAAAUGUGCAACAAGGAGCUAACGUUCAGCUGCAAGUCAACGUUUUCUUCCACGAGACAAAACAUGGACUGCUCCACUGUAGAGAAAAUGGAGCUGUUGUUUGCGAGAUAACAAAAUAUUUAAAAGAGAUCCCCAUUACAAAUGCCCAGGUUGUGGCUGCUGCAGUGGCGGAGCUGGGGGGUGGCUGGGAGUGGCCAUCCUGGCAACUCCGUUGGCCAUACCAAACACCCUCACCACCACCCUCAAAUCAGAAGCCCGUUAAACAGCCCCCCCCCACAAGGGUGAAUAACGGCAACCCUUCCAAGGAAGAGCCCUCCAAGGUUGUGAAUAAACGGAAAGCCAAAUUGGUGUACCAGAUGGUUGUUACCGGGACAACCUUUGAUGCACAUGUUCAACUGAUGGAGAAAGUGAAGAAGGACGUUAAGGAUCAGUUUGAUCUUGUUCAAAGCUACAGCAACGACUACGACGUCACUAUUGUCUUCUGCCCCAUCGUUUCUCGCAUGGGGCCAGAUGUUGAGUCAGCCAUGAGAGACGUUAAAGUGUCCUCAGGUGAUAAACCUGUCAUUCUGGUUUUGAUGCACCACGCAUAUGAGGUCAAGUUCAUUCCAAAUGUGCAACAAGGAGCUAACGUUCAGCUGCAAGUCAACGUUUUCUUCCACGAGACAAAACAUGGACUGCUCCACUGUAGAGAAAAUGGAGCUGUUGUUUGCGAGAUAACAAAAUAUUUAAAAGAGAUCCCCAUUCCAAAUGCCCAGGUUGUGGCUGCUGCAGUGGCGGAGCUGGGGGGUGGCUGGGAGUGGCCAUCCUGGCCACCCCGUUGGCCACACCAAACACCCUCAAAUCAGAAGCCCGUUAAACAGCCCCCCCCCACAGGGGUGAAUAACGGCAUCCCUUCCAGGGAUAAUCAGCCACAAAUGCGAAAGGAGGACGGGCAGUAUGAGUUGAACAGCCAGCCAACCGGCCUCUGCGUGAUCAUAAACAACGCACAUUUUUUGGAUGGUGACGUGAGAGAUGGAACCGAUAUAGAUGCGGGUGAAAUCAUGACAGAUUUACUGGAGAAAAUAAAGGGGGAACACCAGGAUGUUGCUAAAGUUCUGCAAGACGCAGGUUUACGCAGCGACUCUGACAUCCGGUCACUGACUGGAGCAGAACUGCAUCAGCUGUUACCUGGAAAAGAGGACCUCAAACUGAGGAGGACCAUCUUUGAAAUGAUACACAAACAGAAGCCUGUUGGUCAGCUUCUAAGAGAAAUGAAAAACUUCAUCCCAAAUGAAGAUUUCAAGGCUGCUCUAACAGGCAACAGGGUGUUGGUUGAUUACCUCUGUAUCAUGAAGGACAUGCAGACCCAUGUGAAGCAUAUCCAGAGUUUCCAAGAAGCUCACAUUCGUUUUCUCGAAGAAAACAUCCAAAAUCAGCCGGACCCGGAAUCAGCAACCAUUCUAAAGGAGCCCCUCUGUGACGUCCCCCCUCAAGAAGCACAUGGACACUCGUCAGAUUUACUGGAGAAAAUAGGGAAUCGAGAAAGGGAUGCUGCUGAUGUUCUGCAAAAGGCAGAUUUAUGCAGCGACUCAGACAUCCGGUCACUGACUCGAGAAAAAACUGCUCGAGCUGUUUCCUGGAACAAAGAACUUAAACUGAGAAGGAGGAUCUUUGAAAUUAUACAAAAUCAGAAGCCCGUUAAACAGCUCCCCCCCACAGGGGUGAAUAACGGCAUCCCUUCCAAGGGUGAAGUCAUGUCAGAUUUACUGAAGAAAAUAAAGGGGGAACACCGGGAUGUUGCUAAAGUUCUGCAAGAGGCAGGUUUACGCAGCAACUCUGACAUCCGGUCACUGACUGGAGCAGAACUGCAUCAGCUGUUACCUGAAAAUAAGGACCUCAAACUGAGGAGGACCAUCUUUGAAAUGAUACACGAACAGGAGCCUGUUGGUCAGCUUCUAAGAGAAAUUAAAAGCUUCAUCCCAAAUGAAGAUUUCUUUGUUAUUUAUUAA